UGUUGCACAUAGCAAAGAUGUUCAGCACAGCGAAAAGGGAGGUCCGAUCCUGCAAAGGCUGGCAUUGCUGUAAGACAAAGGUAACUGUGAAGGAAAUCGACCAAGCUGCAAACGUUAUUGUGCGUACGGUGCAGGAGGAAAUCUAUGCUGAAGAGAUCAAGUGCAUUCAGAAGUCAGAAAGAAUUCCUAAAGGCAGCCCUCUCUACAGACUGGACCCAUUCAUCGACAAAGAUGGACUUCUCAGAGUUGGGGGCCGUCUCGUCCAUUCCACUCUUGGGCAAGUCGAAAAGAAUCCAUUGAUCGUCCCUGGGAAACACCAUGUUGCAACCUUGAUAAUAAGACACCAUCAUGAACAAGUACACCAUCAAGGCCGCCAUUACACGGAAGGAGCUAUUCGGACAUCAGGAUUUUGGAUAAUUGGCUGUAAAAGAAGGGUUAGCAGCAUCAUCAACCAGUGUGUCACCUGUAGACGACUAAGAGCUCCUUUGAGUGUCCAGAAGAUGGCAAAUCUUCCAACAGAUCGUUUGACUACAGAUCCUCCGUUCACAAAUGUGGGCCUGGAUGUGUUCGGGCCGUGGCACAUCUGUUCACGUCGUGCAAGAGGUGGCCUGUUACACAGUAAAAGGUGGGCUGUAAUAUUUACGUGUAUGAGUGUAAGAGCUGUUCACAUCGAGGUCAUCGAGUCACUUGACGCAUCAAGCUUCAUCAAUGCAUUGAGGCGUUUUCUUGCAGUGCGAGGGCCAGUCAAGCUCAUACGUUCAGACCGUGGCACUAAUUUCGUCGGAGCCUGCAAGGAGUUAAAUAUACCCUCAAACAUUGACAACUCAGCGAUCAACACUUACCUCUUGAAAGAGGGAAUAACCUGGAUCUUUAAUCCUCCCCAUGCUUCCCAUCAUGGUGGUACAUGGGAGAGAAUGAUUGGCCUGGCAAGAAGAAUACUUGACACCAUGUUCCUUCAGCUAAAAGAUAAACUUACCCAUGAAGUGUUGGUGACCUUUAUGGCAGAAGUAGCGGCUAUCAUCAACGCUAGGCCUCUGGUGCCAGUUACACAUGACCCUGAAGAUUUGUACAUGCUCACUCCAGCCACUCUUCUUACUCAAAAGGUAAACGUCCUUCCAGCUCCUGUUGGUGACUUCGGAGUGUCUGACCUCUACAAGUCUCAGUGGCGCCAGGUACAACACUUGUCCAACACUUUCUGGGACAGAUGGAAAAAGCAGUAUCUGCCCACACUUCAGCCACGCAGGAAAUGGCAGUCUACACAACCUAACGUGACAGAAGGAAGUAUUGUUCUUUUAAGAAAUAACGACCUGGCAAGGAACGAAUGGCCCACUGGACUGAUAACGAAGACUUUUCCAGGUGAAGAUGGAAAAGUGCGGGAAGUUGAAGUGAAGAUUGUAAAACCAGGAGGGACUGCACUCUAUCGUAGACCUAUUACAGAGAUAGUAGUUCUCCUUCCGAAAGAGGAUUAGUCAUACAAACUGUUGAAGUUGUUAGUGACGUGUAUACACGCCAGGCGGGGAGUGUAUUGCUACGAGCAAAUGUAAUGUUAAUCUUGUUUGUUUUCGUAAGAAUUAAUGUUUAAAUCUCAUUGUUAGAAAAAAUGGUACUGUCGCUUUAAGAGGGACUGGAUCUCAGACACAGGAAGUUGCAUAGGCUAUAGAGUGAGGAAAUCAGGAAGCAAGCACAUGGCACAGAGUGGAGGUUGUUAGUCGAGUCAAUCCAGCUGCAUCUGCAAACGUCUUCUGCUUUUUGUUAGCAUCGUAGUUUCACCUUCCUUGCUACGUCAAUAAACCUGUGUACAAGGA